CACACUUUCAAAAUGCUUAACACGCUCAUACACACCCAUUCGCGCUCCCUCCCUUCGUCUACAAGCCAGUAUCCCCCUCUCUUUUUCUUCCACCCCCACACGCGUUCGCUGGUUGUAGAGAGGCAGAGCAAAUUAGGGUUGGGGAGCCAUCACCACAAGAGGGGCUCGUCACGUGAAGCUGAGCCGCCAUGUACCGAUGCCACAAUGGAGGAGGGGGAUGCUGGAUAGAAGAGAGAGGCAAAUAGAAUUAUUUUCAAAUUAAAUGUCUGAAAUUGCACAUUUGCAUCAUGUUGUAUUUUCAGUUGGUGAUCAUGGCUGGGACUGUAAUGCUAGCCUAUUAUUUUGAGUACACUGAUACCUUCAGUGUGCAUGUGCAGGGAUUUUUUUGUUACGAUACUACCUAUACUAAACCCUACCUUGGACCGGAGGACCACAGCGCCAUCCCACCUAUCCUGUUGUAUGCUGUAGUAGCGGUUUUGCCCACACUGCUGAUCACAAUAACAGAGACGGUGCUAUUCUUGGUCCAGUAUACAUCAAAAGAGUUUGAUAAUUCAGAGAAGACGGUGGCCACGGGAGACUGCUGUUAUCUGAACCCACUGGUGCGCAGGACCUUUCGUUUCCUUGGAGUUUACACCUUUGGCCUCUUCACUGUCGACAUCUUUGUCAACGCGGGCCAGGUAGUGACGGGAAACCUGGCACCCUAUUUUAUGACCAUCUGCAAACCAAACUACACGGCACUGGGGUGCCAUAAGUCCCUUCGCUAUAUCAACCACCAGGAAGCCUGCACGGGAAACCAGAACGAAAUCCUGCACGCCCGCAAAACCUUCCCAUCCAAGGAGGCUGCUCUCAGCAUAUAUGCUGCACUCUACCUGGCUAUGUAUGUGACAUGCACAGUCCAGGUCAAAGGCACUCGCCUGGCUAAGCCAGUGCUGUCCCUCGCCCUUGUGUUUCUGGCCUUCCUCACAGGACUGAAUCGCAUUGCGGAAUACCGCAACCACUGGUCGGAUGUCAUUGCUGGCUUCAUGAUUGGCACUGCCAUCGCCACAUUCUUGGUCGUUUGCGUGGUCCAUUAUUUCAAAGGGAAGUUGCUGCUGAAUGACGACACGCCAACAGAAGUGCAGGCGAAUACAACAAUUCUGGGGAUGGGUCAUGUAGAGAGUCCUCUGGAGAAGUACAUUGCCUCACAGAAUCACAUCACUUUUGCUGAGGUCACAUGACAAGGGGCCAGCGGUGUUGCAGACACACGGGACAUCCCCACUUGUCACCGUCCAAACAAGUUAGCCCAAGUGCAGCUCUAACCCCAAUUUCCUCUGUGUCUGUGUUCUGUAAUAUAUCAUUUCUUAAAUCAGGUGGUUACUAUGUACAGCUUUUAUCAAAUGAAAAAAAUUAACAUUCUUCUAAUCUAUGCACUAAAUAUCAGUCACUAUCAGACCCUCACAUCCAGAGUGCAGGUGGCACAGUCAAAAAAGGAGUAUAAUGAAUUCCCAUUUCAUCGUUAUGAAUGAAUUAUGCACAUUUAUCUUCCUUCCAUGGUAAAAUUGCUACUAUCAUUCUGUGAAUGGGAUAACUGCUCCUUUUACCAAACACUAAUGGGGUUCGGAAUGAAAACAUAUUGUGUAGAGGUUUCAUGCUUCAGAGAAUUUCUUUUUUUGUGUUUAUUCAUUCAUCUUUUUGAGGAUUUUUUUUUUUUUUUUUAAUGUCGGAGAGGCAAAUAAACAGAAUGGCCUGGCAUUUCAGAGAGAAAAAAGAAAGGGCAUGUAAUUAGUGAUUCAAAUAACAUGCUAGGGAAAAUCUGUGUGCUAUAUAUAAUUUCAUUCCUGGUAGGAAUUUUUCUUUACUCGUUGCUGUAUAUUUCUGGUCAAUGAAUUGCAUCAGACAGUGAAUAUCAUCAGAAUAGAGUAGAAUAGAAAUUUGAUACUCUACGAAGCUAAAGUUUACUGUACAACCGAGGUCAAACCUCUUUCCUAUUGUCACUGUUUACUCAGGUUAAUGUAAUCAAAUAGUUUAAUUGUACAAUAGUGCAGGGGUAGACAAUAAUGGAAAUUAGCUUGAUGUUCACUGGCCCAGGUCUACACGUCAGUUAUUGAUC